CAGGUGGAUCACAACUUUCUUGUAGGUUAUCAUUCUCAGUGUCGCCCAUUGCUAUACGUAGCCGUCCAGCCCCUGAGACCACAGCGUGCGAGCUGAUUCUUCGGGGACCAUUUCUUUGCGACAUCAGUUGCCGUCUUCUCACGAGAAGAAAAAGGUUUUCUGGACGUCUGCCGUUUUCUUUGAGUAUUGUAUCCUACGUAAAAACUACGUCCCCACACCAUAUUCAAGAUGGGAGAUCUGCGGCACAAAUCUCCAAGUUUUGGGAGUUCUGUAUGACAAGUUUCCAUCUGCAGUGUAGUGCUGGUUAGCAAGGAAAGCCGCAUGAGAAGGCCACUUACUGAUGCUGCUUACAGCAUCGCAAAUUCCAAAACACGGCUGGAAAUGCGUCUCAAGGAGAUGCGCAUUACAAAUCGACUUCGACUCCUGUCAUUGCGCAUUUGCAUGACAACUCUGGGGUGGGGACGUUUUUACACAGGAUAUUGAGUUCACACUGUUCUUCUCGGUUUGGUGGACACCAGCGACAGAGCGAACGAUCAGGACACGAUGGCUAUCCUGUGCAAAAGCAUCGUACUCGUAUUGCAGUCAUGCAUUACAAGUCUUUGCUUUAAGGUAAAUCCGCAUAUACAAAUUUUCUUUCUCAUGCUGAGGAAGUUUGUAAUGCAUUUAUACGAGUGCGAUACUUUUGCAAUCCAUAAUGGCACAGCACGGACAACCACAACAACCGGACCCGCCUGGCAACGGCCAGCCACAGCCUGCUGCGAACGUCGAUGAUCCGGCCUUCAUGCGGAAUUGGCUUCGGAUGGGCCAGGGAGGUGCGCAACACAACCGCCCCGGGGUGGUCGCAAUGGAG